AUGGGCUUGCGAGCUUGCGCAGCACCCAGCUUGGGCUUCUUGGUGAUGGUGUUCUCGGAGCGCUGCUUGCUGCAGAGGUGGCGGCUCAAGGUGGCCUACGAUGGCUCCGGGUUCCGGGGCUGGCAGCCGUUGGGUGUCGAAGGCGCGCGGACGGUGCAUCGCACACUGGCUGCUGCUUUGAUGGCCUCGCAUCCUUUGCACAGCCGGCUCCGGCAGGCUCCUGUGCUGGUGGGCUGUUCACGCACGGAUCGGGGUGUGCACGCGGAGGGCCAGGUGGCGCACGUCGACCUGCUGAGCCUUCCGGACCUUGAUGCGGACACCCUCAGGCGGCGGGUGAACCGCCGGCUGCCAGAAGACGUGCAGUUGCUGGAAGCCUACCCAGUCAACAGAAGCUUUCACGCGCGGAGGUCCGCCUUGCACAAGCGCUACCGCUACGACUUGCUGCUGCGCCCGCGCCCGUCGCCGUUCGAAGCGCGGUUUGUCUGGGCAGUGGGUGACCUGCCCGCGGCCACUAUUGCCGAGGCCGCACAGCGGCUCAAUGGGCAGGCCCUGGACUGCAGCCUCCUGACCGUGAACUGGCGGGCUUCCUGCAGAGCUGGCACGGAUGACUUCGAUGAGGCCUACUACGGGCCGCUGACGAAGCGGCUGCUCAUCGACACAUGCUGGGACGCUGCAUCGGAAAAGCUGAGCGUGCGCCUGGAGUGCAAGGCUUUCCUGUACAGGAUGGCUCGGGUUGCGGUUUCUGCACUUGUGGCCGGCGCACGCGGUGUCAUCGACCCUGCAGACCUCAGCGACGCCUCCUCUCCGACCUUCGCCAAAGCUAUGCGAAGAGUGAAGGGCAGGAUGGAGCUGGCCCCGCCCAGUGGUUUGUUCCUUGAAGAGGUUGCGUACCCACCAGAAGCUGGAGAUGGCAGAGCAAAAAAAGUGGUGAGACUGAUAGGGGCUGCAAUCUUUGUGUGUGCACCACUGUGGCUCAAGCUUACGUUCUACCACCGUGUGAAAUGCGCGAGCAGCGCCCGCCGCGUGGCUGAAGUUGUUGGGAUGCUUUCGAGAGGUUUGGCAGGAGGCCGACGGGCCAGGUUGGGUGUUUGGGGUUCGAGUGCACUGGCCCAUGUUGCGGAGUGCUGUGGCGCUGAGACUCGGCAUGACUCGAUCUUCGAGGAUAUGGGCGUCCUUUCUGCCCCUCGGCAGCAGAUAUUCAGACAUGGGUCGGGCUACUGCUGCUUGCUGCAGUGGCUAUUUGCGGCCGCAUCCUACCAAGAUUGGUUGCGGUUAUUGACGGAUACUUUCAGCGAUUGA